CUAGUAAGUCUUAUAACUAUCUACUAGUAGCGUGCCUGCCACAUGACAGUCACUGCCCUCAUGCCAUCACCCUGCCUUAACUUCAAGUGCUUUUCAGGCUUGGCCUUGCGGCUCAGAGCCUUUUGCCCGAACUGCUAAUGGAGCAUUGCAUACUAUUGGCAAUUGGCGUACUAUGUACUACAUUGCCUUGUCAAGCCUUGUCGUACUAGUACUCUUUCGGCUCUGAGUUUAAUAUCGAAUUGAGAGGCCCUGCCUCAGCCUCUCUGUGACGUUGUGGCUCGCAGUUAAAUUCACGAGCUCCCUCGGCAUUCACUGUAUUAUGUCCCUCCCUGAUCUUCGCUGUGCCGGUGCUCGAGUUGAUCCUCCCUGUUGAGAUGGGGCAGUCAUCAUCUCGCGUCCUUGACAAAGUGGACAAAGUAGAGAAGGCUCGAGCGGCUCUGCGGCGCUCUCCCCCUGGCCAUUGGCUUCGAUCCAUGCGUCUCCACAAUCUUGCAGUCAGGCUUCAUGAAAGAUUUCACCAGCGAGGCUUCCUGUCUGAUCUCGAUGAGGCCAUUGAGGUCAAUCGGGCUGCACUGCUCCUCCGCCCCCCUGGUGAUUCUGAUCGAGCUUCAUCUCUUACCAAUCUUGCCAUCAGCCUUCAAGACAGAUUCCACCAGCGUGGCGCCCUGUCUGACCUUGACGAGGCCAUUGAGCUCAAUCAGGCUGCACUCCUCCUCCGUCUCCCCGGUCAUUCUAAACGAUCCAAAUCUCAUACCAAUCUUGCCCUAGGCCUUCAAGACAAAUUCCACCAGCGAGGCUUCCCGUCUGACCUUGACGAGGCCAUUAAGCUCAAUCGAGCUGCACUACUCCUUUGCCUCCCUCGUCAUUCUGACCGAUCCACUUUUCUCAACAAUCUUGCCAUUAGCCUGCGAGACAGAUUCGAGCAGCGAGGCUCCCCAUCUGACCUUGAUGAGGCUAUCGAGCUUCAUCGAGCUGCACUCCUCCUUCGUCCCCCCGGUCAUUCUGGUCGAUCCAUGUCUCUCUCUAAUAUUGCCAACGGCCUUCAAAACAGAUUCCACCAGCGUGGUGCCCUGUCUGACCUCAAUGAGGCCAUUGAAUUCUAUCAGGCUGCACUACUCCUCUGCCCCCCUGGUCAUUUUGGUCGAUCUGUGUAUCUCAACAAUCUUGCAGUCAGCCUUCAUGACAGAUUCGAGCAGCGAGGCUCUUCAUCUGACCUUGAUGAGGCCAUUCAGCUUCAUCAAGCUGCACUACUCCUCCGUCCCCCCGGUCAUUCUCAUCGAUCCAUGUCUCUCUCCAAUCUUGCCAACAGCCUUCGAGACAGAUUCCUCCAGCGUGGCGCCCUGUCUGACCUCAAUGAGGCCAUCGAGCUCCACAGCGCUGCACUACUCCUUCGCCCCCCUGGUCAUUCUGAUCGAUCCAUGUCUCUCAACAAUCUUGCCGCCAGCCUUCAUGACAGAUUCGAGCAGCGAGGCUCCUCAUCUGACCUUGAUGAAGCCAUUGAGUUUCAUCGAGCUGCACUCCUCCUCCGUCCCUCCGGUCAUUCUGAUCGAUCCAUGUCUCUCUCCAAUAUUGCCAACAGCCUUCGGGACAGAUUCCACCAGCGUGGCGCCCUGUCUGAUCUUGAUGAGGCCAUUGAGCUCAAUCGAGCUGCACUACUCCUUUGUCCCCUUCGUCAUUUUGGUCGAUCUGUGUAUCUCAACAAUCUUGCCAUCAGCCUUCAUGACAGAUUUGAGCAGCGAGGCUCCCCAUCUGACCUUGAUGAGGCCAUUGAGCUUCAUCGAGCUGCAUUCCUCCUCCGUCCCCCCGGUCAUUCUGAUCGAUUCAUGUCUCUCAGCAAUCUUUCCCUAUGCCUUCGAGACAGAUUCCACCAGCGUGGCGUCCUGUCUGACCUUGAUGAGGUCAUUGAGCUCAAUCGGGCUGCACUCCUCCUCCGUCCCCCUGGUCAUUCUGAUCGAGCCUCCUCUAUCACCAAUCUUGCCCUAAGCCUUCGAGACAGAUUCCACCAGCGUGGUGCCCCAUCUGAUCUUGAUGAGGCCAUUGAGCUCAAUCGAGCUGCACUACUCCUUUGUCCCCUUCGUCAUUUUGGUCGAUCUGUGUAUCUCAACAAUCUUGCCAUCAGCCUUCAUGACAGAUUCGAGCAGCGAGGCUCCCCAUCUAACCUUGAUGAGGCCAUUGAGCUUCAUCGAGCUGCACUCCUCUUAUGUCCCCCCGGACAUUCUGAUCGAUCCAUGUCUCUCUCCAAUCUUGCCAGCAGCCUUCAAGACAGGUUCCACCAAUGUGGCACCCUGUCUGACCUUGAUGAGGCCAUUGAACUCUAUCAGACUGCACUACCCCUCUGCCCCCCUGGUCAUUUUGGUCGAUCCGUGUAUCUAAAUAAUCUUGCAGUCAGCCUUCGAGACAGAUUCAAGCAGCGAGGCUCUUCAUCUGACCUUGAUGAGUCCAUCGAGCUUCAUCAAGCUGCACUACUCCUCCGUGCCCCUGGUGAUUCUAAUCGAGCUUCAUCUCUCACCAAUCUUGCCCAAAGCCUUCGAGACAGAUUCCACCAGCGUGGCGCUCUGUCUGACCUCGAUGAGGCCAUUGAGCUCUACCGCGCUGCACUACUCCUCCGUUUCCCUGGUCAUUCUGAUCGAUCCACGUCUCUCAACAAUCUUGCCACCAGCCUUCAUGACAGAUUCCAGCAGAGGGAGGUCAUGUCGGACCUGGAUGAGUCAUUUAUGCUGUAUUCGGAACUCCCCCACAUCCCCAAUGCAGCAUCUCGUCGCGAUCUUCACACUGCCAAGUCAUGGGUAAGCUCCGCAGAACAGUCGAAUCAUGGCUCUGCAUUGGUUGCCUAUCAGACCGCGUUGAAAUUCCUAGAUCAGCAUGUUGCUCUUUUGUCAUCUUCUUCCCGUCAUUUCGACGUAUUCAAAGAAGCCACUUCGUCCCUUGCCAUGGAUGCUUUCUCAUGCAGUGUUCGCUAUGGUGCUUUGACCACUGCUGUGGAACUUGUGGAGCAGGGCCGUGCGGUAUUCUGGACACAGUUGGCACGUUUCCGCACACCGCUCGACGAACUUUCCCUGUCAGGUGACACCAGCGCAGCCUUGGCGGAAGAGUUCAAGCGACUGAGCUUUCGCCUUCGUAGCGCGUUCGAUAAGUCUACUGAAGACCAGUCACCGCAAAUUCGGCAACUGACCAUGCAAUGGGACGAUGUCGUUUCACGCAUCCGUAUACUCCCUGACUUUUCUCGGUUUCUCCUCCAUCCACUAUUUUCUGGCCUCCAGGAGGCAGCUGAGGAAGGUCCAGUCAUUAUCGUGAAUGCCAGUCAGUACGGCUGUGAUGCCCUGAUUAUCUUCGGCACCCAAGAUCCUGUCCACGUUCCCCUCGCUAUCACGCAGACCGAAGUCUCGGAGUUGUCCUCUGAGUUUCAGUCCCUCGCAGAGGAAUUUGGUUCUUCUGAUCAUCAACACGAGCUUGUCAGCAUCCUCCGCAAGCUUUGGGAUCGUAUUGUUGACCCCGUGAUCCAAGCGCUGAUGGAGUCAGGAGUUGAACCUGGUUCGCGUAUCUGGUGGUGUCCCACCUCUCAGUUCACUCUACUUCCUCUACAUGCAGCCGGUCCGUACGAGAAGAAGAGGGACAAUUUGUCUCAGAUUUAUAUCUCCUCUUACACCCCGACUUUGGCUACUCUUGUUCGUGCGAGACAUCAGGUUUCUAUAGAUGCACCCACGCAACAUUUCGUUGCCGUUGGUCAAGCAAAUCCGGACGGAGGGAAGGAACUCCGAUGUGUCGCUCCUGAGUUGGCCGCAGUCGCUCAGCGUCUAUUGCCCCUCGUUUCCUUCACAUCACUCGAGAACAGCGACGCAACCGUCCAGGGUGCACUUGAUUCAUUACGCCAUAAUCAGUGGCUCCACCUAGCCUGCCAUGGAAUGCCGAAUCGGAAGCAACCAUUUCAAUCUUCCUUCGCAAUGCGCGACGGGCCUUUAAUGAUCACAGACAUCAUCCGAUCCCACUGGCAGAAUCCGGAGUUUGCAUUCUUAUCUGCUUGCCACACUACCGUAGGCGAUGAGAAGAGUCCAGAUGAGUCAAUCCAUCUCGCUGCGGCUAUGCAAUUCUCCGGAUUUCGCAGUGUCAUAGGUUCCAUGUGGUCUGUCGAUGACGAGGUUGCGCGGCAGGUUGUGUCCGCUUUUUAUGCCAACCUGGUUGAUAGUUCAGGGAGAUUGGACUGCACACGGGCCGCGGUAGCGUUGUACAAGGCCGUGAAGUCGUUGCGCAAGAUGAAGGUUCCACUGGAACAGCAGAUCGUAUUUGUUCACAUAGGCGUCUAGCUUAAGACCCGUUCACAAUUUUGUCGCAUUUGCUAUCGUUUGACCCCUCUCAUCGACGGUCCAGACGAGUGAGCUUUACGGGUUCUGGGAUGCUGGUCCGCACCCGAAGCCGAACACAAGUAAUUCUCAUUCUCGAUUGCAUGCCCAACCAAACGCUGCCGAAGUCGAAGUCAUUAGUCCCA